AUGAGAUCAGUCUGGUACUACGCCCGCGAGUUUGAUGCAGUCGGCCUCUUGCUGCUGACGGCAGGGCUGGCUCUGUUCCUCUUACCCUUCAAUCUAUACACCCUCCAGCCCCUGGGCUGGCGGUCGCCGCUCACUAUCUGCCUCCUGGUCUUCGGCGUGGUUCUCAUAGUGCUGUUUACCUUGUGGGAAAGAUUCUUCGCGCCGGUCACCUUCAUCCCAUUCGCAAUACUGAUCGACCGCAAUAUGGUCGGCGCGUGUCUCCUCAGCACCGUCCUCUUCAUCAGCUACUACUGCUGGUUCAGCUUCUUCAGCUCCUUUCUCCAGGUCGUCAACAACCUCAGCGUGACGCACGCUAGCUACGUGGCCCAGAUAUACAGUCUCGGGGGCAACGUCUUCGGCAUCGCCGCCGGUAUCCUCAUCCGCUAUACCGGCCGCUACAAGGCCAUGACCCUCUACGGCGCCAUCCCCAUCUACGCCCUCUUUAUGGGCCUCAUGGCCUACUUCCGCAUCCCAGGCACGAGCAUCGGCUAUAUCAUCCUCUGUUAA